UCCAUCUUGUCUGAAACAAGAGCACACCAAUCGACAAGUACUCCUUCAGACCAAUCUACUACUUCCUCAUCGUUCUCUUCCUCGUUCAAUCAUCAGCCGCCGCUGGAGAUGAUGAGCCGGUUCCUGCGCCAUGGCCGGAGCAGUUUCACGCGUUGAUGUUGAUGAAUAAAUCCGGAUCCUUGGAAAUUGUAGACCUUUGGUACGACUGGGUCAAUGGACGUAACUUUAACAUCAUUCAGAAGCAGCUUGGCAGGCUCAAAUAUGACCUCGAAUGGAACAAUGGCACUUCUUUCUAUUACUCCCUCGACGAAUCCAGAACCUGCCGCACCGUUCAUUUCGAGGUUGGAAUCUUGAGGCCAAAUUGGCUAGAUGGAGCAAAGUAUUUGGGCCAACGACAUGUAAAUGGGUUUUUAUGCAACGUCUGGGAGAAGGUUGAGUUCUUAUGGUAUUAUGAGGAUGUUGUCACCAAGAGACCUGUACAAUGGAUCUUCUAUACAGGGAGGGAAGCUCAUGUGAUGACAUUUGAGGUUGGAGCUGUCCUAGAAGACGAGAAAUGGCAGGCUCCUGUCUAUUGUUUCCACAAUGAGAAGAAGAAGAAGCAAAGUGAGUAGUAAAAAUUGUGUUUCAUUGUACAUGUAGAGUUUUGAGCAUCUUUCAAAUAUAUAUCAACCGUUCAGUGAGGAAGUCAUAUAAUCAAAAACUUGGUUUUAUGUAAUCUUGUGGAGUAUAUAUAAAAGUAGACUAAGUUCGGACCC